AUGGAAAAAUGUGAACGAAUCCGUAGAAUGAAACAGUGUGUUGCUGAAAGAUUAGAUCUACGACUCAUUUUGGAUGAAUAUUCAUUUCUAAUAAUAAAUGACAUUGCACAAACAACUAAUGUUUCAAUAGAUUAUAUAUUUUUGACAACGAUUGUUGCCAUUUGUCAUUGGACAAUGGGAGCUUCAUUAAAAGGUGCUCAAGCGUAUAAUACACCAUUGAUUCUUUUUGGCAUUUUAUGUGGAGGAAGCGGAUCAAAAAAAAGUGCACCUAUAAGAAUAGUAAAAGAAGCUUGUGAAGCUGUAGAAGCACUAGAUGGUAUUCCUGUAAAAUAUUCAUCAAUUAAUGCAUCAGUCAAUAUGGAAUCGUUAUGUUGUGAAUUAGAGCAACAACCGAAUUUAUUACAAUUGUGGGAUGAGCUUGCGGUGUUUCUUGGUAUUUUUGGAAGUACACGUAUUGAUCGAGCUGCAUAUGAUCGUGGUCUGAUGUGUGAAUUAUAUAGUCCAACUGGUAUAGUACGUCGACAGUUAGUUAGUAGACAAAAUGUUAUGAUUAAACCACGUUUAAACAUCGUAGCUGCUGGUCAUCCAAAACGAACAAUUGAAUGUUUAUCAGGUGUUGGUUUGAAAUGUCAAGACCAAAAAGAUCAAAAUGAAGAUGGUUUAUUUAAUCGAUUUAUAAUUGCUGUUGCAUAUAAGCAUCGUCCUAAUCGUGAAACAAUUGAACCAAAUAAUAAGAUACCAAAGCUUGCUCAUUUAUUUUAUUUAACUAAAAAACUUCAUCGUAAUACAGAAGAAUAUAUUUAUGACGAUGAAGCAAAAAAGUUUAUAAAAGACGUAAUUUAUAAUUAUGAUAUGUUUUCAUCGGAUAAAUCCAAUGAAGAUGAUUUUCUAGCAAGUUGUUAUCAAAAAUCAAUGGAGCGAGUUGAACGUUUAUCACUUGCUCUGCAUAUUUUUAAAAUAUGUUCUCGUCGUUUAUUUAAUAUGGUGGAACAUGUUGAAUCAUUUGGUGUUCUCAAUGAUCAAUUUAAAACAAUAUGUACAGAACAAGAAUUAAAUGAAGGUGAUCAUGUAAUUGAUUAUGACACGUGCUUUCGUGCUUCUCUAUUAACCAAAUUUUAUCUUAAUCAAACCAAAAUACUUGCCGGUUAUGAUCCAUUCACAGAUCAUAUUUUAAUAAAUAAAAAAUAUACUAUGGAUGUACCUGAAAGUGAAGUAAAACAUAUAAAAAAAUACAUUGAAAAUCAUCCAUCUGAUCGUCUUCUUCUAUCAUCACUUCCAGCUAAUUUGAAAAGAAAAAUAAGUAAAGAUCAAUAUUUAAAUAUACUUCGACAAAUGGAAGAAGAAGGCAAAGGUAAAAUUGAAGAAACAAACAAUACAACAGGUCCGAAAGCAAUUGUGUUUAUAAAAAAGAAAAAAAUUGAACAACAACCAAAUAUAGCUUCAACAACAAAUCAACAACAAACAAAUGAAAUUUCAUUAGUAAAUUAUCAAGAAACAAAUGAACCUUCAUUAACAAACCGAUCUGCUAAUUGA